CGACACAUCGCGCACAGAGGAGAGUCUUCGCCGUGAGUCUAACGCGUUCCGGUACAUCGGCAUUCGGCAAGUUGCGCACACCUGUGUAUGCGCGAACCUCGACUAUACACACAGACAGUCACACACACACACACACAUUUACAAUCGCACUUAGAAGUCCAAAGUUAUACAAACGAAUAGGCUGCAUUUACACGCGUUUACGCCUAAAAGUCGCGAUUCAUAGACGAGCGCGCGCCAUUCGAUGUAGUGGUUAUACAUGUAUGUAAUACACACCGAUACGACACACACGUACACGCGUACGUCGGACGAAUUUCUCCGAUUCGCUCGGCUGUCCCGGCGGCCGAAUUCUUCCUCAAAGCAGAGCAGACCAGCAGUGUCUGCUUCGUUGUAGUUUGAGUGCGCCAGAGACAUAUAGCUCUAUAUAUAUAAAAUUUUCAAGACUCGGAGAGUUCGUCGUCGGGAGACACAACGGCGUAUACGUUCAUGUACGUGAUUUGUACACAUACGCUGCGUUAUACGUGUGCCUCGUACCACAGACAUUAGGCACGUAAAAGUCGGACUGCGUCGACGACUAUAUCUAUCCGCAGUGACAAAGAACAAUUAUGCAGCAGUUUAUUAACUCUUUCAGCGAGUUAUGCUGCCUGUUCUGCUGCCCGCCUUGCCCUUCGAGGAUAGCAGCCAAGCUGGCCUUUCUGCCGCCUGAGCCGACCUACAGCUUUCACGAGGAGGAGGGCUCCAAGUACAGCAUCAGCCUGUCUGAGCGCGCCGAAUGGCAGUACACCGAGCGCGAAAAGGAGUCCGUCGAGGGCUUCUAUGCACGCACCUCGCGAGGCAAUCGGAUAGCCUGCCUCUUCGUCAGAUGUUCCGCCACCGCCAGAUUUACCAUACUCUUUUCCCAUGGCAAUGCCGUGGAUCUUGGACAAAUGUCGAGCUUCUAUCUCGGCCUUGGCACAAGAAUCAAUUGUAAUAUAUUCAGUUACGAUUAUUCGGGCUACGGGGUAUCCGGUGGCAAACCCUCGGAGAAGAACCUCUAUGCGGACAUAGACGCUGCCUGGCACGCUCUCAGAACUAGAUACGGCAUAAGUCCAGAGAAUAUUAUUCUCUAUGGUCAGAGCAUAGGUACAGUGCCUACGGUGGACCUUGCAUCCAGGUACGAAGUUGGAGCUGUUGUGUUGCACUCUCCAUUGAUGUCUGGUAUGCGGGUGGCAUUUCCUAAUACCAAGAGAACCUGGUUCUUUGAUGCUUUUCCUAGCAUUGACAAAGUCCCAAAAGUUACAUCACCAGUACUGGUGAUACAUGGUACAGACGAUGAAGUCAUCAAUUUUAAUCACGGUUUAGCAAUUUAUGAAAGGUGUCCUAGAGCAGUUGAACCUUUAUGGGUUGAGGGAGCUGGUCACAAUGAUGUUGAACUUUAUAACCAGUAUUUAGAACGACUAAAACAGUUUGUUAGCGUUGAACUGGUAAACUGACGUCGACUGAGCCUCUCCCAAGCGGGUGGGGGCGGCGGUGUUGGCGCACAAACCAAUAAUACAAAUAACAAAAAAAUUCCUAAAAACAAUUUACAGCACCAGCAACCUUGUCCAGACUCUAUAUCAAGUAUCUCUAGUGUAAGUUCAACUAGUUCGAGCCCUAGUUCAGAGCCUGUUGUUUCUCCACCCCCUCCAGCAGCUCCUACUCCAGUUGCCAAAAAGGGAGUCCCGAAAAAGUCUAUGAAGGCUGGAGAUGAUAUUUUCUUUUUUCCUGGUGAGCGACUACAAACAAAAUCUAUUAACAAUGAUACACCAAAAGAACGAAGUCUAGAUGGACCAACAGCUCGUGCUAAGCUCAAAAUUCAAGUAGAAAACUGCUGUUCUAAUUCAAGUGAAGCUGAAACAAGCUUAAGUCCUCAAAGUGAGUCAAGUAUAGAGGCACCUGUGCCACCUCCACCCCUGCAAAAAACCAAAAUAUCAGGCAAUGUCAAAAAGAAACCACCGAAUAAAUUUACUUGGUGUGGCAGCUGUAAACAAGGCUCAUCGAAUCAAAUCUCAAAAAAUGCGGCAACAGCCGCUGCCGGAGUGGUAUUAACUGCUAAGCGUACUUCAUCUACUUCACCCUUGAAGAAACCCAAUUCGACUUUACAACUAACCAAGGAAGAAAACAACAAAAAUAGUAAUUUGAGUCUGGCCAAGUAUUCACCUUGUGCAUCGCGUCUCGCAGCUAGCUCAAAAAUAUUGUCCAGCGAAACUCUGAAUACUGGUUGCUGUGAAAGUCCGUUACAUGCUCAAAGUAAGAAAGCAAGCAGUGGUGGUCUCAGUGACAAAGUCUCCUCGCCCACAUGCAACAAAUUGGCUGAGCCUGACCUGACAAGACCAGCAAGUAGAGCAUCGACGGGUAGUCGUAGUCCACAACGCUGAGAUAAGUUAUCUCGGGCCAAGCCCGAGGAACGUUUUUAGAUUUAACGUUGUUACUCAUUUACACCAACGACCAAAAAACCUCACUAUUUGUGAGUGAACCUUGGCUGUCCUGGAUUUUUUUGUUAACAAUUGUCCUUUUCAAGAUUAGUGCCACUUGAGAACUUUUGCUGUUGAAAGUUGAUGCUCUCUUUUGAAAAAAAUUCUGUGAAGAUCUUGAUCCUGAUGCUUCAAAACUUCUGUAAUUAAUAGGUUAAUUGUAUAAAAUGAAUGACGUAAAACUGAAAAGUUCUCAAUGUCUCGAAUCUGUACAUGCAUUUGAAAUAUUAUGUAAUUGUUCUUUGUAUUUUAGAAAAUGCUCUUUGUUUAUAAAUAUACAAUAAUGCAUAUAAAUGAGAUCUUAAAUUAAUACUAUAAUUAUAAAAUAAUGCAUUUUUAUGAAGAAAACAAUUUGAUACUGAUUCUAUAAAUUAAUAUAUUGAUCUUUUGUAUCUUAAGAUAUUUAAGCUAAUGAGAGUACAAACAGAACUCAUUGUUUUUUCUGUAAACUUUAUUUUCAAACAAGUAUGCAUGUCUUUGUUAAAUAAGUUUAAAAAAUGGAUGUUUUCGCUCAUACUAAUAGAAGAAAAAAUAUCAUUUGAUGGUGCAAUAAAAUGAAUUCUAAGUAAUAUUACAUAGCCAUUCAUGAUCAUUGAAAAGUUGGGACAAUCUAUUAACUUCUGGAAAACGGAAAUAUUCCCUCUAGUAUUAUGAGCGAAUCUCAUAAUAAAAUUCAUAAAAUUCAAAACUCAUGCAGAAUUAUUAUUUCCAAUUCAUUUUGUGUAUAAAACGAAUGUUGUAAAAGUUGACUAUUUGUAUUCUUAAAAUUAAUGUAAGUACAUAAUAUUAAAGAAGAAUCGCGUGCGCAACAAAAGUGCCAAA